GUCAUUCAGUGUCGACAAUUUUUCUUUACAAGAUAGAUAGAUUACGGAACAUUUCAAUAUUAUAUAAAUAAUAAUAUCAUUUUGACCUAGACAGCGUAUUUUUGGCUAAUAUAUUUAGACACAUAUAUUGACUGCUUUUGUCGUUCAGGGUCACAUUUGUCAUGACACGCUGAAUUGCAUUGUUUAUAUGCCCAUAUAUUACACAUGUUACAGCCGCGGAGUGUUUGCUUACCUGCCGUAAAGCGUCGAUGUGACGCGCACACUUUUACUGUCAUCGUUUGCGGGUUAACGUGUUUCUUGUAGACAAGUACAGAAACAUGUUUACCACCAUGUAUUAAUUGUGCAAAAGAGCAGUUGUAAAAUCGACACGUUAAACUGGUUAAGCUUGUCGCGGUAACUCAAAAACACGUUCGCUUGAUGGUCCAUCAACACCGUACGGAAGUAAAUGUAUGUCUGUAUGACUAUAUGCCUUUUAAACUCGUCUAGUAAAGGGACCGAGAAUUUUUUUUAACAGAAAAACCCAUAAAGGUUUGGAACAAACUGAGGCAUGAGCAGCCAAAAGCUUAUUAGGUUAAUCAUCGGCUCCUUAGUGAUUGUGGCCAUGGUGAAACUGUUCUUCAACCCCAGAGGAAGUGUGAAGUCUAAAAGUGAAAAGACCCACCAGAUCAUACAAGGUGGUAAUUUCUGGGCUAGCCAACGAAUCCCACUGAUAAAAGUGGUUGAAAAUAAACAGGAUACCGUGAAAACAGAACAACAGCCUAAAGUUGAGCAAGAGGAAAGUGAGAAGAUUCAGAAAAAACAAGAGCAAUUAAAGCCAGAAGUUCCUGAAAAAACAGAUCCACUAAAGAUUGUGCAUUUAGAUCUGAAAGGUGCCCCACCCAAAGUUAAAUACCUUGAGCAGUUAUUCCCUCUACUGUCAUCUUUGGGUGCUAAUGGGAUAUUGCUGGAAUAUGAGGACAUGUUUCCCUAUGAGGGAGACCUUGAAAUUCUCAAAUCAAGCUUUGCAUACAGUCCGGAAGAUAUAGAGGAAAUUAAGUCUCUGGCUAAACGACACAAUCUGGAACUGAUACCUUUGGUGCAGGUGUUUGGACACAUGGAGUUCGUCUUAAAACAUGAAAAGUAUUUUAAAUUGAGAGAAGUGGAAACGUUUCCCAAUAGUCUAAACUCUCUGGCCCAAGGAAGCAUGGAACUCGUUCAAAACAUGCUAAUGCAGGUUAUGAAGAAGCACCCAGAAGCACGGUGGUUCCACAUUGGUGCCGAUGAGGUGCGUGGCUUGGGCGAAAGUGAAGAUUCGAAGCGAUGGUUAGAAGCCAACAACGGAGACAUGGGCAAGCUCUACCUCAAUCAUGUGACUGCAGUUGCAAAGUUUAUGACCAAACAGAAGCAAAGAAUCAAGCUGAUCUUGUGGGACGACAUGUUCAGGAAAUUUAGCCCUGACACUAUAAAAGAAUCAGGUUUGCAAGAUCUUGCUUCACCCAUGAUAUGGAACUACCAUGCAAACUUGAACGUGAAGGACAUUGGUAAGUAUAUCUCCAAGUAUGAGCAGGCUGGAUUUCGUGGCGUGUGGUUUGCUAGUGCUUUCAAAGGAGCAUCUGGGAUCGACCAGAUCUGGACUCCAAUUGAUCACCAUUUAAAAAACCAUAUACAGUGGCAGGAAGUCAUCGCAUCCAUGCCGCAGUACAAGUCAGUGAGAUUUCAAGGCAUUGCACUGACUGGCUGGCAAAGGUAUGAGCAUCACACAGUGCUGUGCGAGCUUCUCCCGGUGGCCAUUCCUUCUCUCACUGUCUGUCUGCAGACACUGAAAUAUGGUGCAUUUAAUGCUAAGGCCCAGGGUGAGGUCCAGCGCAUGCUUGGCUGUGAAAUUCAGCUCGAAAAAAAUGACUGUAAGGGUGCAUCCUUUCCUGGAUCAGACAUUUAUGAAAUGGUGAAGAAGAUCCACACCAACCUUCAGAGUUCAAUUAUAAACCUCAAGCAAAACUAUCACGUCAAAGGAUCAUUCAGCUUUUAUCAUCGCAAACGCAACUUUGCCAACCCUCGAAAUCUUGGAUUUUUCAAAGACGAUCUGAAAAAAAUGAUGGAUGAAUGGGAUUCCUUUUUGCUGACUUUUCGGGAAAGCAUGGAGGCGAUUUUUUACCCGGACACUUUAGAGGAGUGGUUGGAAGAGAACGUGAAUGAACACAUUGAAACGCUUCACAACAUGGUGGUUGAUGUAGAGCGGAUCAUUAAACUCAACGGACAGCCAAAGGUGGACCCCUUGGAAAAUAGGUGAAACAAAUCGGUGUAAAAGACAUUCCAAACAUGGCAUUCAGACCUCUUGUUUCUGCACAAAAGGAGGUGUUUCCCCUCUCAGGGACCUUGCUUAUUACCUUAGGACUUUACUGGAAGUGACGAACACAUAUAUUAUAUAUGAACUGCUUGAAAAAAUGAAUUCACAACGUUGCAUUGAUGUGUUUAUUUAAUCGGUUUUUGAGUGGACUUUGCUAAAGAUUUAGCUGUAAAGGGAUGAAAUGCAAUCAUGCAUAAAUUAAUGUUUUUUAUAACUGUGGUCUGAGGAGCACAAAUAUUGUGCAAUUCUGUAUAAAUGCAAAAUGUGUGAUCACUUACUGUAGAAAUGUUACAGUAGAGCUUUCCAUAAAGAUGCCAAGAAUUGUUAGUACUUCAAUACUAUUAAAGAAGACUUGUAAUUAUAUAAAUAUUUGGUUUAGAUUUAUAGGGAUUUACAAAAGACUACAAUAAAACUGCAAAUCUGUUGAUCAUGGGGUUUACAACAUAUCAUAAAAAAAUGUGGAAGCUUUGUACUUGUAGCUGCUUUUACUCUUUAUUAUGGUGAAAUCUCAGUAUUUUUAUAUUUAAAGGGGCAGUUUACUCAAAAAUGAAAAUUCUCACUUGUCACAAA